AUGAGCCUACAUGAGCACACAUACAAACCAUAUGGGUCACCCUCAUUCAAGAAUUCUGAUGAAAUAAGGAUCGCUGUCAACUUUCAAGAUCUGAUUCUUGAUAUUUCUGAAAGUUACAUCUAUAUCGAGGGAAAAUUCACACCAAACGAUGCCACUAAAACCUGCUAUCUAUCUAAUAAUGCUCUAGCAUUCUUAUUCGAUGAAAUACGCUAUGAAAUGGGUGGCGAACAAGUAUGCAUGGUACGAAAACCAGGCAUCACUACUACCAUGAAGAGUAUGAUUUCUUAUGGAGAGAGUAAUAUGAAAUUCCUAGAGACAAUUGGAUGGGGCCUUGAUGGUGGCAAGCAGGUGCUUCUAGAUAAAGCUAGCAACGUUUUUAGCGGCAAACUACCCCUUAAAUAUCUUAUGGGGUUUGCCGAAGAUUAUUGUAGAGGUAUUUUGAAUAUCAAACAGGAGCUAAUACUCAUCAUAGCUCGCUCAUUCAAGAACUCAUAUAUUGGGGAAGUGGACGCCGAUGUGGAGAUUAACAAAAUUGAGUGGAAGAUAAGACAUGUGAUGCCAUCAGAUAAGCAGAAAUUGAAGCUAUUGACCCGUUUGAAUAGAAGUUCUACGGCAAAAGUGAAAAUUGCAUACAGGAUGUGGGAUCUGUAUGAGUUACCGACUAUUCGUGAAACAGCAUCUGACAUUUGGGCCGUUAAAACUACCAAUAGCCUCGAGCGGCCUCGAUAUAUCAUCAUUGGAUUCCAAAACACUGAUAACACUGAUAAUAGAUCUGAGGAUAUCACACAAUUCACCCAUGCAGGAGUGAGCAAUAUUCGCCUGUAUUUGAAUUCCGAAGUUUAUCCAUACGAGCGAUGGAAUUUGGAUUUCGAUAAGAAAUUAGAUGCAGUAGCCUAUUAUGCAUAUGACAACUUCCAACGUAGUUACUACGGCAAAGACAUGAGCGAACCAAUGAUGAGCAUCGAGGAAUUCCGAAAAAACCCACUAUUCAUCAUUGACUGCAACCACCAACCCGAUGCGAUGAAAUCCUCCACUGUCGACAUCAAUGUAUCCACCGAGUUGCACCGACAAGCGAACAUGACUGAAAGUGUCCCUUCAGCAGAUGUAACCAACGUAUCCUUGAAUUUGCCACAGUUUUGGAAGGCCGACCCCACUUUGUGGUUCGCUCAAGUAGAGGCACAAUUCAAUAAUAAGAGGAUAACAUCAGAACUGACCAAAUUCAAUUACGUAAUUGCUUCAAUUGAUCCAGAGAAUGAGAAUGGUUUCGAAUUUACGAAUAAUAAUAUGGCAGAUGAGUUCGUAAAAUGCUAUGAAGAUAUAAAUAAUUUCAAUUUUCUUGUGUUGGAAGAUAUCACACAACGAGAUAAUAUUCCGAUAGAAAUGAUUUACGGUUUCGAAAAUCAUCCAAGUUGUUCAACUACUGAUGAAAUUAUUGAAAUCGGUGCAAACAAUGAAAAUUUAGAUGCAUUUCCACAUGAAAUGGAAAUCAACGUAGAUGAUACAACAAUGAAAGGAAUUGGUAUUGAAGAAUAUUCAAAUAAUGAAAUCAUGGUACUUUCGCCCCAACACGUAAAUAAUGCAAAUAAUGAAAUCAUAGCAGAAGCUUCAGAAGAGAUAUAUAAAGAAAUAUCAAUUGAUGAUAACAUAGACGAAACCAUAGCAGAAGCAUCAGAGGAACUAGACAAAGAAACACCCAUAGAAGAUAACGCAGAUGACCUCAUAGCAGAAGCUUCAGAAGAAGUAUACAAAAAAACAACAAUAGAAGAUAACGUAGAUGAAAUUAUAACAGAAGCGUCAGAAGAAAUAGACAAAGAAAGAUCAAUAGAAGAUAACAUAGACGAAACCAUAGCAGAAGCAUCAGAGGAACUAGACAAAGAAACACCCAUAGAAGAUAACGCAGAUGACCUCAUAGCAGAAGCUUCAUCAGAAGUAUACAAAAAAAGAACAAUAGAAGAUAACGUAGAUGAAAUCAUAACAGAAGCGUCAGAAGAAAUAGACGAAGAGAGAUCAAUAGAAGAUAACAUAGAUGAAACCAUAGCAGAAGCAUCAGAGGAACUAGACAAAGAAACACCCAUGGAAGAAAACGCAAAUGACCUCAUAGCAGAAGGGUCAGAAGAAGUAGACAAUUAUAUACCAGAAACGAGACCAAAAAAGCUGAGCAUAACUGAAAGAAGAAAUCUGACUAAGAAAAAUAGACUACGGGGCAAACAAUAUACGGGUUACGAGAGAAGUAGGGAGAAGAUUGUGGCACAUGAAACUUUGAGAGCCGCAAAAAAAAUUAAAGAGAGAUGUUCUCAUCGACAACCCGAGAAAGAAUUGAAAAACAGUUUCUUGUGUUCCUCGAUUUCCCAAGAAGAUAGAAAAAAUAUGUUUUCAUCUUUCUGGAAACUAGGAUCAUGGGGCGGGAAGAAAGUUUUUGUUAGAGAGUCAGAAAUAUUGGAAUCAGAGGCAGAAACAGCAGAGCCAGAGCUUGAGAAGGGAAAUUCCCAAAUAUCCCAAAGUGAAGACAAUUUUCGGAAAAAGAAAUCACUACCAAUAACAAAUAAGCAAAAGAAACUUCUGACGGAGUAUAUUACUCAGAAACCAGAAAUGUAUAUUGGUCGAUUAACAUCAACUUAUACAAAAUCUGUAAUGAUCAGGAACUGGGAAGAGAUAUCAAAUAUUCUCAAUAGUGUUCCCAAUGGACCUGCGAAAGACUGGAAGCAGUGGAGAAAAACUUGGGUUGACAUAAAGAAGAACACCAAAGCUAGGGCUGUCAAAGAGAGAAAUUAUAGAAGGGGUACAGGAGGUGGUCCUCCAUGGCCACACAACAAUAAAGAUGAAAGUAUAGAUGAAAAAAUAUUGAGUAUUAUACCUUCUGUUACCAUAGAAGGUGAUAAAAAUGUAUCAGAAUCUGUGGUUUUCUUCUCUGAUGACAAUGCUGAGAUGAAUGUGGAGAUAAUAAAUUUAGAUGAAGGAGGUAAAGAAAAUUAUCAGCUUGAUGAUAUUGAAGAAUAUUCAGCAGAUCACAUGUAUUGUAAUAGUGAUCAAGGACUGAAAGAACAGCAUAAGCCUGCCACUACAGAAAUAUCUGGUCCCAAAAAAGUAACCAAAAAAGUGACUAAAUCAGCUCGCCUUCAAGAAUCUUUGAAAACGAAUAACAGAUUCAUUGAUAUGAAUGGUGAGAAGUUUAGGAGUGACAAGUUAUACCAAGAAAAAAAGAUUGCUCUUCUUGAAUCACAAUCAAUAUAUAAAAAGGUAUAUCUGGAUAAAAAAUUAUCAGCUUUGCAAAGCAUUGCAAAUAGUUUCAGCGAAAUAGCAAGUGAUAUCAGAGAUAUCAAGAACAAAAUUUUAGAAAAUGGGUAUUUCGAGGAGUUUCCCUAG